AUGGUGUACUUGUAUGUUCACAGAAGAAAAAAGAGCAAGGAUGAGCACGUAAGACAAAGGGAUUUGUUCCUUGAGCGAGAAAUAGCUAGACUAAAUCAAAAUGAGUUGUUCCAUGCGACUUCAGAGUUUAGCGACACAAACAUAAUCGGCUCUCGCAGAAAGGCGAUGGUGUAUAGCGGGAGGCUAAAUAUAUCCGCCAGAGAACAAGCGGUAGAUUUGAAGAGAUUCAGAGAUGAAAUCGCCGGUAGUGAGAGCCUGAUCACUGAAAUUCGAGCGUUGGUCGUGACUAAACACUGUAACUUAGUUCUCUUGUUGGGGUAUUGUUGGGAUUCAAGGGCCAUGGCUUUGGUUAUGGAGAUGAUGUCGAAUCGAACCUUGGCCGAGCACAUUCAAGAAAAGAGACUGAACUGGAGCAGGUGCUUGAGAAUCACACGUGGCGUGGCUGAGGGAUUGAAGUACCUUCACCACAAAUGUCCGCAGCCAGUUUUACACUGCGAUUUGAAACCGUCCAACAUCUUGCUGGCCAUGGACUUCGAGCCCAGGAUUAUUGAUUUCGGGAUUUCCAGAAUCCUCAACUAUGAUGACAUGAGUCAUAGAUUUAGCACUUCCAAUUUGCAUGGGUCCAUCGGCUAA